CAUGGAUAUAGUGCCAUGAUAAUCUUAAACCUAUUUUUCCUGCAGUUACCAUUUUUAAGAUGGAAGAGAUUUGCAGUUGUUGCAGCAAUAUGUAUCCUCGCUGUGCGUGCUGUUAUUGUUCAGCUAGCCUUUUUCUUGCACAUCCAGACCUUUGUUUUUAGAAGACCAGCAAGCUUCUCAAGGCCAUUGAUAUUUGCAACAGCGUUCAUGAGCUUCUUCUCAGUUGUUAUUGCACUAUUCAAGGACAUACCUGAUAUUGAUGGUGAUCGCAUUUUUGGCAUUCGUUCGUUCAGCGUACGCCUGGGCCAAAAAAAGGUGUUUUGGAUUUGUAUAUAUCUACUUGAGAUGGCUUACACUGUAGCAAUGGUUGUUGGAGCGACUUCUUCCUGCCUCUGGAGCAAAUGCAUAACAAUUUUAGGCCACGCAAUUCUUGCUUCAAUUCUCUGGAAUCGUGCUAGAUCUCUCGAUUCGAUGACAAAAGCUGCUAUAACAUCUUUCUACAUGUUCGUUUGGAAGCUUUUUUAUGCUGAGUAUUUGCUUAUCCCAUUUGUAAGAUGAAUGACUGUAGUUACUGGGUAAAAGAGAAUUCAGCAAAGCAGGUACAUAUGCACUUGAUCGUUGCGAAAAUCACUGUGUAUUAGAUUGACAUACAUCGUUAAUCCAAAAAAGCUUACGGCAAAGUAGUAUUAAAAUCGUACUGUAGUAUUAAGUUUCAGGAUGUAUUGUUUCAAAAUGUCAUCACUGUCAAAAUUCAAUAAUUUAUUUUUUCGA